GCGCUCUGCUAGCAACUGAAGGUAUAGAGACAAACGAGAACCAGCAGAAGAAAUUAUUCCCGGGACACCAGUAACUGACGCAGGUGUGGGAAACACAAUGGGUGUUAGAUAAAACACACCGCGAAACUCCCAAGGAGAUGUCAUUUCUGGCCGACUGCAAGAAGAUCUUGGAGAGGAGGUGGCAUCUGACCUGGAUCCCCAAGAGUGGGGCUUUGGGGGGCAUUUGGAAAUGGGCACUGCACUCCAGGUAGAAGGUGCAGUGUUAGCAACGAAAUUCCAGAUGGCGUUUAAUGAUUGCUUUAGUUUGAGCUAUCCUGGUAACCCCCAGCCAGGGGACUUGAUUGAAGUGUUUCGUUCUGGCUAUCAGCACUGGGCACUGUACCUGGGUGAUGGUUAUGUUAUCAACAUAGCACCUCUAGAGGAUGGCAUUCCUGCAGCAUUUACAAGCGCCAAGUCUAUAUUUAGCAGGAAGGCCUUGGUGAAGAUGCAGCCCCUGAAGGAUGUCGUGGGAAACGACACAUACAGAAUAAACAAUAAAUAUGAUGAAACUUAUCCUCCCCUCCCCAUGGAGGAAGUCAUGCAGCGGUCAGAGAUUGUUAUUGGACAGGAGGUGGAUUAUGACAUACUUGUCAACAACUGUGAGCAUUUUGUGACUUUGCUUCGCUAUGGAGAAGGAGUUUCAGAGCAGGCCAACCAAGCAAUAAGUACCAUUGGGUUUGUGACAGCUGCUGCUGGUGUCUUCUCACUCCUGGGCUUGUUUCCAAAAAGACAAAGAGCAAAAUACUAUUAACAAUUUACUGAAGAGAUAUUGGAACUGAAGGAAUUUGUGAGGAGGGAAAAAAAACUGGGAGUACUUAUUUUCGAUGCAUCAUUAUUGUUCAAAAUUCCAGUGAUGGAUGGCAGUCUCUUUAAUAAAUUGCUUACUGAUGUUAUCUCA